AUGGUACUCAAGGCGAUCGGCGACGCAUACACGCUGGCCAUCCCUUCGUCACUGCGACUUCACCCGAAGUUUUACGUCGGGCGGCUCAAGGAGUACCGUCCAGCUACGCUUCACGGGUUGGCUCCGUCCUCGGAGUCAAGGCUCAUAGGUCGACCUUCCCUCUCGCCUUGCUCGACGCGCCAGCGACAUCGGACGCGGCUGCGUCCCAGUCUGCGCGUGCCCAAGAACCUGGCAUUCCAGGUUCCGCAUCCGUUCAAGCAGCUCGCGCCGCAUCUACAUCGUCCUGGGCAACCAGGACGCCAGCAGUACCAUCGUGAGGGUCCACCACCGCUUGUGGACGCGGAAGGCCAGAAGCGCUGGAUUGUGGAGCGUUUACUGGGUCACGAGGACCUCGUCGCGAAACGACAUCGUCGCUAUAUCAUGAAUGCGCGGUUCCAACCGCGCGCAAGUAUCGUGUACGUUGGCUCGGGUUUCCACCUGAGCAGGAUACACUUGGUCGACGACCUGUGUGUUCUCGCGGUGAGCGAGAACGAGAUGCACGACGACGGUGUCGUGGUGAAGUGUCACCACGACUACGAGACCGAGAGCGAUUGCGAGAACGUCGUGGUGACGUUUCACCACGACGACGAGAUGAAGAGCGACGACGAGAACGUCGCGACGAGCGUGUAUCGCGACGAUCACGCGAACGAGAACGUCGUGGCGAGUGCAUGGCACCACGACCUCGAGAACGCGAGUGGUGUCGCCAGCGUGACGCGCCACGAAUAA